AUGGACUUACGGCAAUCUAAAUUUGUGCAACUUAUAAUAUUCGAAAACAACUUUGAGCAACACAACGUAGCGAACCCUAACUUUGAGCAACCCAACGCAGUGAAAUCUAACUUUGAGCAACCCAACGUAGCGAAACCUAACUUUGGCCAACCCAACGUAGUGAAACCUAAUUUUAAGCAACCUAAGGAAGCGAAACCUAACUUUGAGCAACCCAACGUAGCGAAACCUAACUUUGCGCAACCUAACGUAUCGAAACCUAACUUUGAGCAACCCAACGUCGCGAAACCUAACUUUGAGCAACCCAACGUAGCGAAACCUAACUUUGAGCAACCUAACGUAUCGAAACCUAACUUUGAGCAACCCAACGUCGCGAAAUUUAACUUUGAGCAACCCAACGUAGCGAAACCUAACUUUGCGCAACCUAACGUAUCAAUCCUAACUUUGAGCAACUCAACGUAG